UAAUCUGAGAUUUAAAAAGCUAAAACAUUUUAGCGUUUGAAUAUUUUUUAGCCACGCGGAAAUCUAUCGCCAAAAUGCCUUGAUGAACAACCGACUACAAAAGGAACAUGACUUAAUGUUGUUGUUGCUUGUCGGCUACGGCAAAACGAACAACUAAACGUGUUCCGUGUCGGAGCUAGUGAGUUGUAAGGGGAUUACUCUAAAGUUUUACUUCGUUGGUGGUUUUGAUCUCUUCACAUUUUCUCCCUGGAAUUUUCAUUGUAUUAUUCUUCUUCGACCGAGUUCUUAAAUUUCAUUUUGCGAGAGGAGUGAGAAUAUUGGGCUGUCUGACCAAGAAGCUGAGGGUCAGAACAUUUGCAAGCAGUUGUUUGUAAGCUUUUCUGCUUAUACCUACAAAAUCUCCUGAAAAUCUUCUUUUAGUUAUUCCCUGCAAUAGGUAGAGACUCUCUUGGUGCUAUAUAUAGAGAAAAACUGAGAAAGUAGCAUUCCUCCUUAUCUUCCUGUACUCUUUAGGUCAAGUUGUGUAUGGAUCGACAAGAUAUUAUGUGUGAAUCUUAUUAAUCUAAGAGUUUCUGAUCCAUAUAAAACAAAAUAGAGAAGAAGAAACCUAAGGAAGGUAAGAACAUUAUAGAGAAAGCUCAAGCUGAUAUAGCAACCUUGUUGGAGCUAAAGCGAAUUUAUGAUUAUUUAAUAAUUCGUUAUGGACUGGUACUUGUCUAACAUUUUCUUCUGUUUUGCAUUUCUUUAAAACUAUGGAUGAUCCUAUUAGGGUACUUUGAUCUACGAACAAUUUGCAUAUGUGGCUCCCCUGAAUUUUGUGAAGAUGCAGAUUAUUUGAGCUGAUAGCUGAAUGAUCGAAAGAUGCAUCAGACGCUGGAUCAUUUGCAGAUAUUCAAAAAUAUCUGCUGGUUCCUAGUCUUGACAUCACAAGAUCUGAUGCAGUCAGACCUGUUCAAUGCAACCUUAGAAGAUAAGAAUCUAUCAGAAAUUCAGGUACUUUCUCUUCCUCUCUUCUCUGCCUUACAUAAUCUCAAUGCUUCAGGACAGCUUGUUAAUGGAGGAGGCCAUUCGAUGGACAUUUCCAAAACCUCUUUGGAUGAAAAAGCUGGUAAAGAUCAGAAUAAUCAAACGAUUUAAAAGACUCUUUGAGCUAUUUUAUCUUGUUUGAUUUAACUGAACCUGUUUAACAGUUUUGAACUUUUUGUGUCAAACUUUCCUCGUUGAGGUUAAGUAUUAUUCAAGGAUUACCUGAAGAGUCUUGCAAAGCUUUUACGACUAAUUAAGAAGAGUUGAGGUAAAACAGCUUGUAAAACAUUCUACUGUAAACGACACUCGUAAGUUUUGCUUCUUGAUCUAAGUAGUUGGUUGUUUUUUUUUUUAAUUCAAAUUGUGCAAACUAAACGUAAUAAACAAUUUAAAGGGAAAAAUUAAUCGAUUCAUUUAAUAUAAUUAAGUGAUUCGGUUAAACAGGAUAUUACUGAAAUAAACCAGCUGGUUCAGACAAAAUCGUAGGAGGGUUGUCUAUGUGAAAUAAACUAAUCGUGUUUAGAGCUUUAAUAAAUCAAUCAACAUCAUUACAGUUCAAUUCUUUAGCCCCAAAAGCAAAAGAUCCAAAACAACAUGACGACUUGCAUAUCUUGUCCUUUGCCGUCGACAUACAAACUUUGUUACAUAGAUGCAUAUAAUAUAGUCAUUAAUUGUGUAAUAAGCUUUAAUAAUAAUAGGAGCCAAUGACAACAUUUAAUUAUUCUACGCAGAAAAUAUCUUCUCCAACUAUAGCUACCAUUUUGUCAUCUUUAUUUGUUUGUUUUUCGAAAUUUCAGUCAACACUACUUAUCUCUUUUACAUCUCUGGACUAUUGUUUUUUUUUUUUUGUAACAAAUCUCUGGACUAUUGUUACAAAGGAAUUUACAGAUUGCCUUGAAAUUCGAUGGAUAAUAUGAAUGGAUUCAAUUUUUGAAUCAAGUUAAUAUAGUAUAUAACUGUAAGAUACAUUCAAAAAUAUGAAUGGACAUACUAGUUUUCUCCAUAUUAGAACAUCUAUGCGUGAUAACGAUUUGUUGCUGUCUUGAUAUUUUUCUAUAAAAAUAUGUUUGUUACAGAAGGUUUUUUUUUUUUUUUUACCUACACUGCUACAUACCAAGAUAACGAUUUGUUGCUGUUUUGAUAUUUUUCUAUAAAAAUAUGUUUGUUACAGAAGGUUUUUUUUUCCUACCUACACUGCUACAUACAAAAACUUGUUAAUUAUAGAUAGGAAUACUUUUAACCAUAUAUAAAAAACAAACCUGUCAAUCUAUUACCGCCGGCGCCAUUAGAUCUUUAAUUUCUUUGGUAUUAUCUUCGUUUAGAAAUGUAGAUAAUUUGCCAUGAAUUUUACGCCACUAAGUUAAAUAAGUAUGUAUAUUCCUCCUUUUAAUAAUUUAAUACCACCUCACCAAUAGAGGUGGUAAAUAUUAAAACUCAAACAUGAAUCAUCAGUAUUUAAAUAUCUUAAUUUAAUAAAGAAAUUCAAUGCAGAAAGAGAAAGGUGUGUAACCGAAAGAGUAACAUAAAUUCAUGAAUACUGUAAUUAUCGUGUUAAACUGAAACAAUUUAUAGAGAACAUAAAACACUACAUAUAAUUUGUAUCUCUAAACCGCGGCAUUGAUUGAAUCUCGUGAGUCUCUUUCGUGCAGGAAAUCUCUGAAUAUAUUUCCAAGGGGCCGUCUCAAACCGCCUUACUGUGUUUCUUAUAAAACAAACCACCAAUAAAAUCUUCAUCACUCAUCAUCAUCAUCUCUCAAAGCAAUCAUAUUUGCUGAAUACAUAUGGAAUCAUUCUACUUCAGUAAAGAUAGUAUAUGCUCAUGGAGCAACCCAAACUUAAAAUCAUGGGUCAACAGCUUUUCACUUUCCUAAAUCCUCUCCUCAACUCUCACCACCUUCUUCAUCUUAACAAAAAAAAAGAAGUAAAACGUUCACUUGAAAAUGGAGGAAGAGCAACGUCGUGUUCUGUUCGGUAAAUACGAGAUGGGAAGGCUACUAGGCAAAGGAACCUUCGCCAAAGUCUAUUACGGCAAGGAGAUAAUCGGCGGCGAGAGCGUGGCCAUAAAAGUCAUCAACAAAGAUCAGGUGAUGAAGAGGAAUGGUAUGAUGGAUCAGAUCAAACGAGAGAUCUCCAUCAUGAGACUCGUUCGUCAUCCAAACGUCGUCGAGCUUAAAGAAGUCAUGGCCACAAAGACCAAGAUCUUCUUCGUCAUGGAGUUCGUCAGAGGCGGAGAGCUUUUCGCCAAAAUCGCUAAAGGAAGACUCAAGGAAGACUCCGCUCGCAAAUAUUUCCAGCAAUUGAUCUCAGCCGUUGAUUUCUGCCACAGCAGAGGCGUUUCUCACCGGGAUCUCAAACCGGAGAAUCUCCUCCUCGACCACAACGGAGAUCUCAAGGUCUCCGAUUUCGGUCUCUCCGCUUUGCCUGAGCAGCUUCUACAAGACGGUUUGCUACACACCCAGUGCGGUACUCCGGCUUACGUGGCGCCGGAGGUUCUUCGGAAGAAAGGAUACGACGGCGCAAAGGCGGAUAUAUGGUCAUGCGGCGUUAUCUUGUACGUGCUCCUCGCCGGAUAUCUUCCGUUUCAGGAUGAGAAUCUGAUGAAAAUGUACCAGAAGAUUUUCAAGGCGGAUUUCGAUUUUCCGAUGUGGUUUCCACCGGAAGCGAAGAGAUUGAUUUCGAAACUCCUCGUCGUCGAUCCCGAUAGACGGAUCUCGAUCCCGGCGAUUAUGCGUACGCCUUGGUUUCGGAAAAGCUUCAAGCCUCCGAUCGCUUUCAAAAUCGACGAACCGAUCAAUUCGCCGAGCAAUAACGACGAGAAUCAGAGAAGAGACGGCGACGGUGAAGACGAGGAGGAAGAACCGCCGGUGUCGCCGAAAUUCUUCAACGCGUUCCAAUUCAUCUCGUCGAUGUCGUCGGGAUUCGAUCUGUCGAGUUUGUUUGAGAGCAAGAGGAAGCUGAGAUCGAUGUUCACGUCACGGUGGUCGGCGUCGGAGAUAAUGGCGAAGAUCGAAGGGAUCGGGAAGGAGAUAAACAUGAAGGUGAAGAAGACAAAGGAUUUCAAGGUGAAGUUGCAGGGGAAAACGGAGGGGAGGAAGGGACAGAUCUCUGUGACGGCGGAGGUUUUCGAGGUUGCGCCGGAGGUCUCCGUCGUCGAGUUCUGCAAAUCGGCGGGAGACACUCUUGAGUACAAUAGGUUAUACGAAGAACAAGUCAGGCCGGCGUUAAACGACAUCGUAUGGUCGUGGCACGGCGAUAAUAAUAAUAAUAAUAUUAUGACUAUUAAUAAUAAUAUUAAUAUUAUUAAUGACCCUAAUAAUAAUGAUAACUAUAGUAGCGAUGAAAACUCGGUAGUGACUGCGACGGGAGAAGGUAAUUAAUGUAAGUAAUGUGAAACUGUUAAUUUUGUCAUUCGGUUUGUUGUUAGAUUCAGGAGGUUUUGUAAAUUAUGUGCAUAUAUAGACGUUGAGGUUUUCUGACCAGAAAAUGAAAAAAAAAA